AGUCCGGCAUUUCUAUUGUCGAUAUUUAGUGGCAUAAUACCACAGCGACACAUUCGGAACAUCUCAGUCCUUAUCUGGCAGCGACAACAACAACAACAAGUUUAGACAGUAGAUCAUCAAAGAUCAUCAAAAGACAAUUAGUCUCACUGUCAGAAUGAUGACGCUGUGACCGUUGAUUGUUGAACAAUGGCAGCAUUAGCAAGACUGGGUCACCAUGUGAAGUCGAGACUUCCAGUUCAAGUUGUCAGGGGAGGCUUAAUAAAUACAAGAAUAAGAAUAAACAGCUGUGCUAGCUUGCAUUUCUCACCAACAUCAAACUACCAUCACCUCCAGUCACAUGACAGUUUCUCAAAGUCUCAACAGACUAAGAAUGUUGACUCAAGAGCUUUACAGACAGAGGGAUCUAAUAACAAAGAUGAAGAAAGUGGAAUGCCAUUGAUGCAUCCAACACGAGGGGUGUUGGUUUACACCGGUAAAUUGACAACAUACGUGAAAGGGUUGAAAAUGUUUUCUCUAAGUACAAGUUUCCUAGCUCUUCUGGCACAGCCGAUGGUUUUAUCUGCCGCUAAAGAUGAUCUCCUCUUUAAAGCUGGUUUAAUGGGAAGUAUAAGUGCAGCUUUAUUCAGUACACCAGUCCUUUUACACUUUGUUACCAAAAAAUAUGUGACUGAUAUCUACUUUAAUGAAGAAAACAAAAUGUUCACAGUGGCCUAUAAAAGCUUCUUCUUACGUAGAAAGGAAAUGCAGUUUAAUGCUGAAGAUGUGGUCGUUCCUUUCACUCCACGCAUGUUUGUUACCCAUAUCAUCAAAGGCAAAUCUUUCUUUAUAGUUAUGGAGGAAUUCCGGGAUAAAGAAAUAUACAAACACAUGGUGGGUUACGAUAAACCAAUGGAUUAUGGAAUGGACGAUCAAAAUAAACAAACUACACCUGUGAGGAAGAAGAAUAAAAAGUUUGGACUGUUUAAUGAAGAAGAUGAGAAGUCAAAACAGGUAGUGGAUAAGGAACCUAGGCGCGAAUUUAUGUCUAAACAGUUGAUGUUAGACGAUGAUGAUGAUGUGGUGCAACAUACAGACAAACAAAAACAAUCCAAUAAAAUGCGGUAAAUUAUAUUGGUAAAAUUGUUGGUCACAGGACAAAUAUCAUUAUCACUGUGACAAGAUACAGUUUAUAUGGAUUGUUUUAAGUGAUUAAUAUCAUUAAUCUUUGAUUUGUUUCUUGGAAGGUAGUUGAUAAAGUGAUACAGUAUUUAUAUUGAA